CCCGUCGGGGCACAGCCCCUACUCAUGGUGCCCAGACGUCCUGGCUAUGGCACCAUGGGCAAACCCAUUAAACUGCUGGCCAACUGCUUCCAAGUUGAAAUCCCAAAGAUCGAUGUCUACCUCUAUGAGGUGGAUAUCAAACCAGAUAAGUGUCCUAGGAGGGUGAACAGGGAGGUGGUGGACUCGAUGGUGCAGCAUUUUAAAGUGACAAUAUUUGGGGACCGUAGACCGGUUUAUGAUGGGAAAAGAAGCCUCUAUACAGCCAAUCCACUCCCUGUGGCCACUACUGGGGUGGAUUUGGAUGUGACAUUACCAGGAGAAGGUGGAAAAGAUCGUCCCUUCAAAGUGUCAAUAAAGUUUGUUUCUCGGGUGAGCUGGCACUUGCUGCAUGAAGUUUUGACAGGAAGAACCUUGCCUGAGCCUCUGGAACUAGACAAACCUAUCAGCACUAACCCUGUUCAUGCUGUCGAUGUGGUGCUACGACACCUACCCUCCAUGAAGUAUACCCCUGUGGGCCGCUCCUUUUUCUCAGCUCCAGAAGGUUAUGAUCACCCCUUGGGUGGGGGUAGGGAGGUCUGGUUCGGAUUCCAUCAGUCUGUUCGGCCUGCCAUGUGGAAGAUGAUGCUCAAUAUUGAUGUUUCUGCCACUGCCUUCUACAAAGCACAACCUGUAAUUCAGUUUAUGUGUGAAGUUCUUGACAUUCAUAAUAUUGAUGAACAACCGAGACCUCUGACUGAUUCUCAUCGAGUAAAAUUCACCAAAGAGAUAAAGGGUCUAAAGGUAGAAGUGACUCACUGUGGAACGAUGAGAAGGAAGUACCGGGUUUGUAACGUAACGAGGCGGCCUGCAAGUCAUCAAACCUUUCCUUUACAGUUAGAAAAUGGCCAGACUGUGGAGAGAACAGUAGCACAGUAUUUCAGAGAGAAAUACAACCUCCAGCUGAAAUACCCUCAUCUUCCUUGCCUACAAGUUGGACAAGAACAGAAACACACCUACCUGCCUUUAGAAGUGUGUAACAUCGUGGCUGGCCAGCGGUGUAUCAAGAAGCUGACGGACAAUCAGACAUCGACUAUGAUAAAGGCCACAGCGAGAUCUGCUCCAGACAGGCAGGAGGAAAUAAGCAGAUUGGUGAGAAGUGCAAAUUACGAUGCGGAUCCGUUUGUUCAAGAGUUCCAGUUCAAAGUCCGGGAUGAGAUGGCCCACGUGACAGGGCGCGUGCUCCCGGCUCCGAUGUUGCAGUAUGGAGGACGGAAUCGAACGGUGGCAACCCCGAGCCAUGGGGUGUGGGACAUGCGAGGGAAGCAGUUUCACACUGGUGUGGAGAUCAAAAUGUGGGCUAUAGCUUGCUUUGCAACACAGAGGCAAUGCAGAGAAGAAAUACUGAAGGGUUUCACGGACCAGCUGCGCAAGAUCUCGAAGGACGCAGGGAUGCCGAUCCAAGGCCAGCCCUGUUUCUGCAAAUACGCCCAGGGUGCAGACAGCGUGGAGCCCAUGUUUCGACACCUCAAGAACACCUAUUCGGGGCUUCAGCUCAUCAUUGUCAUCCUGCCAGGGAAAACACCGGUGUACGCGGAGGUGAAGCGUGUGGGAGACACGCUCUUGGGAAUGGCCACACAGUGUGUUCAAGUCAAGAACGUCAUUAAAACAUCUCCACAGACCCUAUCAAAUCUGUGCCUGAAGAUUAAUGUUAAACUAGGAGGGAUCAACAACAUCCUUGUACCUCAUCAACGACCUUCUGUGUUCCAGCAGCCAGUGAUCUUUUUGGGAGCCGAUGUCACGCACCCUCCUGCUGGAGAUGGAAAGAAGCCUUCCAUAGCGGCUGUUGUAGGUAGUAUGGAUGCUCAUCCGAGCCGGUACUGUGCCACGGUGAGAGUUCAGCGACCCCGGCAGGAAAUCAUCCAAGAUCUAGCCUCCAUGGUGAGGGAGCUGCUCAUCCAGUUCUACAAGUCAACACGGUUCAAGCCCACGCGUAUCAUCUUCUACAGGGACGGGGUCUCUGAAGGACAGUUUCGUCAGGUUUUGUAUUAUGAACUGCUAGCCAUUAGAGAAGCCUGCAUCAGUUUGGAGAAAGAUUACCAGCCUGGAAUAACCUAUAUUGUGGUGCAGAAGCGACAUCAUACACGAUUGUUCUGCGCUGACAGAACAGAAAGGGUUGGACGAAGUGGUAAUAUUCCAGCUGGAACAACUGUAGAUACAGACAUUACACAUCCAUAUGAGUUUGAUUUUUACCUCUGUAGCCACGCUGGAAUACAGGGUACCAGCCGUCCCUCACACUAUCAUGUUUUGUGGGAUGAUAACUGUUUUACUGCAGAUGAACUCCAGCUGCUGACUUACCAGCUCUGCCAUACGUACGUGCGCUGCACGCGGUCGGUUUCUAUACCCGCACCAGCGUACUACGCUCACCUGGUAGCGUUCAGAGCACGAUACCAUCUUGUGGACAAAGAACAUGACAGUGCUGAAGGAAGCCACGUUUCGGGACAGAGCAAUGGGAGAGAUCCGCAGGCCCUGGCGAAGGCCGUACAAAUUCACCAAGACACCUUACGCACGAUGUACUUCGCUUAAGUCAAUAAAACGGGAGCGUACUCGCCGAGAGGAAGAACUGAAAAAUUAAGCCACAUACAAUGUAUGUUUCCAGUGGGGUUGGUUUAUGGGGUGUGCCUCCGAUCGUGCGGAAGUUGACACUGUGCAGGGGCGAGAGGCUCACCCUUAAAUUGACACAAGGAAGAUUGUUUACUUCAUCGAGGAACACAGCACUAUUAUGCAAUAUGAAACCAGCCAACUGCUUUUUUUGGCGCAGUCUCCUGCAGGAAGCACCGCCAUCAUUCUUUUGGGUUUUACUUUUAUUUUACUUCUCGUAGUUUAACCCUCUUAUGCCUUUACCUCAAGUUGCUCGGCAGCACAACUGUCUUUGCAAAAAAAAAAUAAUCGUGACGAAAUUUAAAAAUAUCCAUCAUGUAAUUUAAAAAAUAACAGGCAAACCACCCUUGCAGCAACAAUCACAGUGGUUGUUUAGGGGGUGGAAGUGUGCAAAACCAGAAAAACAGUUAAGGUUUUUACCCCGUUGCGUUGAGGAGUCUUUCCCUCGCUGUUUGCCCUUGAGCAUUCGGGUGUGAACAUAUCCAAGCACGUUUGAAUGUACGGCACGAGCUAGAAAAAAAUUCAGCGGAGGGGGAAGAUGUUUUGCACACCGAUCCAAUAAUCUGAAUAUGAUUUAGCCAACUGCUGCCUUUGUGUCUUUCCUCACAGCUUUGGAGUUCCCGGCUCCAAUAGUUCCCUUUUAAAAAGCAGACAGAAAGUAGCGGGAUUACGUGCAGGCAGUAGUGAUCCAAACUCUUCUUGCUCCCUGGUGAAUUUACUAAAGCUGCUGUUUCACCUAGUCCAAAAGUUUCAAUUAUUUUCUGUCUGGCAAGUCCAAUAUGUUGAAGCUUCACGUGAGAUCAGAUAUCCCAAGUUGUAGGGGAUUACGUACAGUAAACACCAGAACUGAAACUUUAGCGCUAAGGUCUUUUUGGGGAAAAAAAAAAAAGGCAAAAUGCUAGUUUACUUGCUGCCUCUCACACCUUAAUGUGAUUUCAUAUGUAUGUGUUUUUGAAGUUUAGCUUCCUUUUGUUUCUUUUAUAUUUAUUAGAGUAAUAAUAAUGCUUUAAUUUAAUUAUUACAGAACAUAUGGUCAACAUCAACUUUUAUUUUUUAGAAAUGUAACCAUGUUUAUUUUAAAAGAAAAAAACUGACAACUUGUUUUGCUAUCUUUUAGUGCAAUAAGCGUUCUAAAGGAAAACUGUGUCCAUUGAGCUGUACUAAAGCAGUGUUUGUACCACUAACUGUGGAAGAAUGGACACCUCCAUGAUUUUAAAAGGACAAAGUAAAAGCCUUAAUUUUGAAAGGAAAGUUUUAUAGUCAGAAGGAAUCUUGACUUUUCCUUUUUUAAAUCAAAAAAUAGCAAAAAUGCUUCUAGAAUUCUGCAAGCUUUACUUGUCACUGCAGCGUUUUGAUUUAACAAAGGAAUGGGCCUUAUUUUCGGCUUCGACGUGUGGAGGAUAUUUGAAUUCAAUGGGAAGAGUUUUUUAUUAAGAUCUAAGUUUUUACAUGCUUAGUUAAAUCUGACAUCAGCAAAAUGUCUGGAAUUA